UCAGCGCCUGCCCACCUCAUCAUCCCUCGCUUUCCAACCAUCAAAAUCUCGCUCCCGCGGCCCCCGCCAACCCGGCCACCCGCGCGCGGCGCCGACCGUCGUCCAACGCAUCCAUGUCUCGCCUAUAGCGAACCCUGGAGAAACCACACGCGGAACUCGGCGCCGCGGCUUUGGCUCUCGCCAACAUAGCGCCACGCGGAUCUUUCGCUCUCUGGGUUUUUUAUGACUAAACUCCCUCUGUCCUCGCUUUUCCAGCGGCGCACGUCUCCGUAGCUUCCUUAGACGUCUUGCCGUCUGCUCGGGCGGAGAAUUCAAGCCUCCUUGGACCUUUUCGUUGCCUCUUCCCUCGGUGGUAUCGCUGCGUUUCGGUGUUGAUUUCAGGCAUUUUUUUGCGUCUCCGCCUUGAUUCUGGAGUGUCGAGGAGGAAGAAGACGGGAAAUUAGGGGGAAAAAGAGAGGAGGUUUUUAGGGGCCGUCGGUGGGAAGAGUUUUUUUUUUUUCCAGCAAAAGAUCCCCUUUUUGUUGCUGCUCCCCCCAUAAAGAACCAAUCUUGUUGGGGCGCUCCCAUAAAAUAGGCGGUGAUAUCUCUGCAACUCCGUGUUGAUUUCAAGCAUUCUUCGCGUUUCCGCUUUGGUUCUCGAGUGUCGAGCGAUAAAAAAGGCAGGAAUUUUGGGGGAAAAGGUCUUGGGGCUGUCCGUGGCGAGAGUUCUAUUUGGCAAAAAGAUCACCUUUUUUAGUUCCAAGAAUUCAGAAUUGCCCUUCUUGCGAUCUUCGCAGCUGCUAUUCUUGGUUGUUAAUUUCAAUUAACGCGACAUGGUGGGCACCGUCGACGAAUCCAACGGGUCCGCUCACUGCCACAGCAAUGGCACUGAAGAGAGGCUCGAAGAGCUCCGUCGACUCCUCGGCAAAUCGGAGGGCGACUUGCUCAAGAUUGUCGGUGUAGGCGCCGGCGCGUGGGGAACCGUCUUCGCCGCCCUUAUCCAGGACGCGUACGGUCAGUUCCGCGACGGGGUCCAGAUCCUGAUUUGGCGGCGGCCGGGGCGGGCCGUCGACCGCGCCACCGCGGAGCACCUCUUCGAGGUGAUCAACUCGAGGGAGGACGUCCUCCGGCGGCUGAUCCGCCGCUGCGCCUACCUCAAGUACGUCGAGGGCAGGCUCGGCGACCGCACCCUCUACGCCGACGAGAUAUUGAAGGACGGCUUCUGCUUGAACAUGAUCGACACGCCGGUUUGCCCGCUCAAGGUCGUCACCAACUUGCAGGAGGCGGUGUGGGACGCUGACAUUGUGGUGAACGGUUUGCCGUCCACGGAGACCCGCGAGGUGUUCGAGGAAAUUGCUCGGUACUGGAAGGACAGGCGAAGCCCCCCAAUAAUCAUCUCUCUGGCCAAGGGCAUUGAGGCAGCUCUGGAUCCCCUUCCACGCAUUAUCACACCUACUCAGAUGAUCAACCUUGCAACUGGAGUUCCAAUGGAGAACAUUCUCUAUGUCGGCGGGCCAAAUAUUGCUUCAGAGAUUUACAACAAGGAAUACGCGAAUGCUCGCAUAUGUGGAGCUGAAAAGUGGAGGAAACCACUCGCUAAGUUCUUGAGGCAGCCCCAUUUUAUUGUCUGGGAUAACAGUGAUCUUAUUACUCAUGAGGUUAUGGGCGGAUUGAAGAAUGUCUAUGCUAUCGGUGCAGGGAUGAUAGCAGCUCUAACCAAUGAAAGUGCUACUAGCAAAUCGGUAUACUUUGCGCAUUGCACAUCGGAGAUGAUAUUCAUCACUCAUCUGUUGACCGAAGAGCCAGAGAAACUGGCCGGCCCAUUGCUAGCCGACACAUAUGUUACUCUGUUGAAAGGUCGCAACGCAUGGUACGGUCAGAUGCUAGCCAAGGGGGAACUCAGUCUCGACAUGGGUGACAGUAUCAAAGGAAAAGGUACAAUUCAGGGUGUCUCUGCUGUGCAUGCAUUUUUUGAACUCCUGAGUCAAGCCAGCUUAAGUGUUCUUGAUCCUGAAGAGAAGAAGCCUGUUACUCCAGUCCAAUUAUGCCCCAUUCUGAAAACACUACACAAGAUCUUGAUAAAAAGAGAACUUCCAACCGAAGCGAUCCUUCAAGCUCUGCGGGACGAAACAAUGAACGAUCCGCGCGACCGAAUCGUGCUAGCGCAAAGUCAUGCUUUCUACAGGCCAUCACUUCUCGGCCAGCCGUGACGAGUCACAUUCCUUCUACCUGAACAACUGUUCUGUUCAAUCUUUGUUUGGAACCAAAAGUUAGACGAUAAACCAAUUUGUUGACGGUUCAUGUCUUGAUCUUUUCUUUGGAUUGCAUUUUUAAUGUUCCAGUUUUUUCAUUAAUGUGAUUUUAUUAAAUGGUUCUUUAUUGUCA